AUGGAGUUAGAGAAUGCCAUCAAGUACAGCGCUCGUUUGUUGACUCUCUCUGACAAAAUCGAGGAUAAACAGACUCAUUUGCGCUUGUUAUUCCAAAACCGUUCCUUUGGUGAAUGUUGCGAAUAUUUCAAAAAAUACUUUGACGAUUCCUAUCCUAAAGAAUUUUUAUUUUAUAUCCGCUCUCUUAUCGAAUUAGAAAGAAAAGGAGCUGCUCUGGAUGAACUCCAAAAGGUAUUGCCUCAAAAGCGCGACGAUCCGGAAUAUGCACCGCACCAUUAUUAUUACGGCCAAUUGAUAGAGCAAUCUGACAAGGUCGAAGCAGUCAACCAGUAUUCACUCUCAUUCAUUUCUCUUAAUGAUCCUAGCUAUUUGGAAUGUAUUCGUCUCGACCGUGAAUAUCUAGCAGCCUAUGAUUCUCUCUUCCGACUCCACCCGUUCUCCUCCACCAAGCGCUGCAUCGACGAAUUGUCUGCGAGUUCGCUUCCCCGUCCGAUUUCCCACUACGAAAAACACAUUCUCUACUACAAACUCUGCGAGACCCACCCCUAUCUCCUUCCCUCGACUCUCUUCCACAUCGCUCCGGACGAUUCCGAAAACGUUUCCGUUCUUCUCAGCAUCGCCAAAUGCUAUCGCGAGCGAGGCAAUUUGGCCUCCAGCGACUUAGUGUUCGAUCGAAUUCUUCAUCUCGGCGUGUUGAACCGCGCGAUUCUAAUCGAACGCUGCCUUCUUUUCUACCAAAUGAACGCUCCCGAUCGCUUGUUUCUCUUCAUCCACUCGCUUCCUUCCUCUUUCAUUUAUUCGGAAGAAUAUUCCUACGCGUUAGGCGUCUAUUCGCUGCUUCGUCGCGAUUAUUACCAAGCUUUACAGCAUCUCAAUCUCGCAUUAACGCGAAAUCCACUCUUCUGGGAAGCCUGGAUCGCGAUUGGAUUGGUUCGAUCCGCGCUGGAGGAGUUCGAAAUGGCGAUCACGGCGUUUUCGUUCGCGUCGAAGCAGAAUCCGGAGAGUUAUUUGGUUCGAUUUCAUUUGGUUUAUGAGUAUAAAAAGAUGGGGAAAUUAAACGAUGCGUUGCGAGAAUUGAAUCGAUGUAUUUUGAUUGACUCGUCGGAUCCUCGGCUGUACAACGAGCGGGGCGUUUUGUACUUCGAGUUGGGCGAGUUGGAGAAAGCGAAGAACGAUUUUGUAACGACGGAGAAGCAGCAGUGGUCCACUGUUUACUUCAAUCUUUCGCACGUGUAUCGAAAGCAGGGCGAUCUGGAGCAGGCCAAGCGGUUUCUCGGGCAAAUCGCUCUGCUUGGCGGUCUUCAGAGCCGAUCCGCGUCGUAUUUCCUUUCUCUCGGAUUGCUUCACCAGAUGGAAGGGAAGGUGCAGGAGGCCUGCGCGGACUACGAGAAAGCGCUGGUGGUCGAUCCCUCGAAUUCGCAGGCCAAGGAACUCUUCAAUUUAGCUGUUCAGCAAUUUUCCAGUAUUUGUCUUCUUUGUGGAACAAACAACGCAAAACUGAAUUAA